AUGGGCAUCUUGACGAACCCGCUGCAUCUGCUCGGUCCUCCUCUGCUCUUCCUUGUCUCCUUCCCGCUCGCCAUCUUCGCGGCAAUCACGACGGGCAUUGCGCUUUCCCUUCUUACUGUGCGUGUCUCCAUCGUCUACUUCGAGCUCGGCGUCGCUCUCUUACACGCGUACCUCUAUCCUGAGCCACCAAAGGUUGCAUCCAGACGCGUCGUCCCGCCUGUAUCCCCGCCGCGCUUUCGCCGUACCAGCACGUCCUCGGACAGCGCCGCGCCUGCUGUGCGACUCUAUACAAAGAGCGGCUCCUCGGCAUCACUUGUCAAUGUCAAUCGGAUGGCAAACGCUCGCGACUUCGAAGGCGUCGGCGGAUGGCGCUACUACGAGGGCGAGGAGGAGGAAGCCAUUUGGAUGGGCAUGAACAAGAGGCUGGAACUACCUCUGGCUAUACCGCCGGGGAGACGCCACCAGAGGAGGCAUACUGGCGAGGACCAGCGUUGGAUCGGCAGCCCCGAAGUGUUGCGAAUGAGCCCGUUGCAGAGCCGAAUGCGAACACCCCAGCGUACGCCGCGCACCGUUGGCCUAGAAGAUGACUACGGCGACGAGUACUUUCCGCCGCAACCCAUUUUGAGGCCCCUUAGUACGGCAAUGGAACCGCUCAGCCUGAGCUCUCAGCAUUCGAGGCGCGCUAGCGUUAUAAGCAUGAGUGGAAGCAGCAGCAACACGUCGGGCAGCUCGAGCCCAGAAUCCCACAAGCAGCUGGGCGAUUGA